GGCCAUGGUGCGAUAGGAUACAGAGGGCAGUUGGGUGCGGUCUAAGUGGGGUCAAAUUGAACGCAAUCCUUAUGACGUAUGUGAGAAAUUCAAUUCAAGAAGUACGUUCGCGAAUUUUGCUCCGUGAAAUUGUGCUUCGUCCAACGAUGAGGUUGUAGAUCGAAUUGAACUUUCAUACCUAACACAACUCGUACAUUUCCAGUUAAACGCGUUUUGAGGUGCUUCAGUUCUUUUUUUUUGGACAAAGAUGGUUUGAGGACUUUCUUACGAACAAAAAAAACCCGGGGGUGUGUGUGUCCAAAAGUGAUUAGGCACAAAUUUCCCAGAGAUUGAACAAUAAAAAAAUAUGUGAACCAAACGCCGAGUUUCACCCAAUUUUAGUUCAAUGCAAAAAAGGGACAGCACCAUCUUAAAAAAAAUCGCGAAAAAAUUCAAUAGACGAGUUACUAAGUAAUAGAGAAAAGAAAUAGUUGAGUGAACUGUUUUGGGCAGAAGACUUGUGAAGAAGAAUUCCUCCCUAAACAUAGAUCCGUUUUAAUAUUAAAAAAAUAAAUAAAAUAAAAUAACGUGCUCAAUAGCUGUGAUUAAAACCAUUUAAGAAAUUUAAAAUAAAAAAAAGGAAUUUAGACCGAAAAAUCAUUCGAGAAGUCUACACCCUGAAAAAAAGGGCCAUCAUCCAUUUCUCAACAGCAAAAAAAAAAGAAGGUGAAGUGACUGAAGAGAAUCCGUGAAAGCUUUCAAACUUAGAGCUCCCUAUUGAAAAAGGCAUCCCCUAUUGAAUUUGUGUGGGACUUCAAGAGACCAUUGAGGAAGGAUUUUGGGGUCAGAAAAGAGCCACUUUAAUUGCCACAGAAAAAUCGACAAAGUGCUCGCAAAUAAUUUCUGUGCUUUUCGUUUUUUUUUUUCAUUCCUGUCUUAUAUGCGCUCCUCUCAAUUGUUCUCCUUUUACCCCUAAGCUCUCGGUGAAAAGCUCCUUUUGCACCCAUACGUUGGAAAGUUUUCUCUAUCUGUAAAUAUUUGUGGUGGAGAUGUGAUGGAAUCAUUGGUGAAAAGCGCAAGCGUCCCCAAUUAGACUUUUGCCCAAAUAGCAAUCCCCACCUCAGGGGUGAGAGAGAGAGAGCUUUUGCCAACGCAAAAGCUACCAAUGUGUGCGUAGCCCAUUAGUUAGGUGGUGUUGGUGCAAAAUUUUGCUUUUCCGUGUCCCGCCCAACAUUUUUGCCUAGUGCAAGGCGGAAAAUUGUCUGUUACGGCUGUUCGUGUUCGUGUUUCAAAGAAAUUUUUUCCACUUUUUAAUUUUUUGUUUCUCUGUAACUUACAAAAAAAGUCCCAGUAAAAGUUUUUACCAACAAAUAAAAGCAUCAAAACCAACAAGUUCGACCCCUACGCGUGUGAAUUCAAAUCCUGAAAACUGCAAAAGAAUAAAAAAAACACCCUGAAAAAAAAACUCCAAAUCGUGUGAAAAAUCUCUAAAUUUUCCCAACACAGAACACCUCUCUGCACUCCCCUGUCCAUUCCUUCAGUGAUAUCAUCCAUUUUCUAUGUGCUAAGUGAGACAAUUUGGGACUAUUUUGCAGACACCCCGCCCCAGAAAAAAAAUUGUGAACUUUUCUCCGCAGCCCCUUGGUGGAGCACCCAAAAAAAAAACAGAGAAAAUACAUUUCGGAAGAAGAAAAAUAAAUCAAAAAAACAGUAUUUAGUGUCAAAGAUAUAGUAAAAAAAACAAUCUUUUGUACAUAGAAAAUUAUAUUGCGAAAAAUAGAGGAGAAAGAAAAAGCUCAAAAAAAAAAGUCCGAAGGACUUUGCAAUGGAGGCGCCUUCUGGGGACAUUUUCGUGGAUCUCACAGCAAAACUGGACGAAGAAUGAAGAGAAGAGUCUAUACAUUGCACCUCUAGAUAAGACUUUGAGGUGUAACUUGGAAAAUUCUACCCAGAAGAGACUAAAAAAAAAAAGAGUUUUUUCCCAAAUUUCUUUCUCAUUUUGUCGUAAAAGUGUUUGUGUGGACGAAAGUUGAAGAACAGCAAAAAGAUGGAGUACCCGAAUCAUCCUAGUGCAGAUCAAUAUGUGAUGCUAAGCACUAAUUGGGAGAAGUGUGUUCGGUGAGAUGAGCUUCUCUAUGAAACAAUUGGGGUGACAAGAGUGCAUUCAGGGGGGGCACAAGUACUCAAAAGGCAGGCACUUUGUCGUCAUCAUUGUCUGUGAUUGAGGUACGAAAAGAGGGCACGCAAGAACAAAAAAAAUAACAAGAAAAAAGAAGAACUCGACCAUAUUAAUACCCUACAUUGGCACGAAGGCAUCCUGUCUGCUAGAGGGGGUGUUGCGAAUUUUCAUCCCCUGCAGACAACAGGAAAAAAACUGGUAUCAGGAAAGGCUUACCUUGAAGUGGAUAGUGUGACGAAAGGUACACAUCAACAUCAUGCACCUAUUGAAGGAUACACUUCUGUCGAAAGCCCAAUUCGGAGCACUCUGGGUGGUUCUCACCUUUGUCAUAUUUGUACCCCCAUCGAGGAGGUUGGCACUUGUCGAUGCUGCCACCGGGGGUGGAAGUAUGCUGGGCGACGUCAACAUAUCGGCUAUUCUGGAUUCCUUCAGUGUUAGCUAUGACAAAAGAGUAAGACCAAACUAUGGAGGACCUCCGGUAGAAGUUGGAGUCACCAUGUAUGUGCUGUCCAUAAGUUCGCUGUCUGAAGUCAAAAUGGACUUCACACUGGAUUUCUACUUUCGCCAAUUUUGGACGGAUCCACGAUUGGCGUACAGAAAGCGACCCGGUGUUGAAACACUAUCCGUCGGCUCCGAAUUCAUCAAAAAUAUAUGGGUACCUGAUACAUUUUUUGUAAAUGAAAAACAGUCGUACUUCCAUAUCGCAACAACAAGCAAUGAAUUUAUAAGAAUUCAUCAUUCAGGUUCCAUAACUAGAAGUAUUCGUCUCACAAUCACAGCAUCCUGUCCAAUGAAUCUUCAGUAUUUCCCAAUGGAUCGACAGCUAUGUCACAUAGAAAUAGAGAGUUUCGGAUAUACAAUGCGAGAUAUCCGAUAUAAGUGGAACGAAGGUCCCAAUUCGGUUGGUGUCUCGAGCGAAGUGUCUCUACCCCAAUUUAAGGUUUUAGGACACCGACAGAGGGCAAUGGAGAUCAGUCUUACCACAGGAAACUACUCACGACUCGCAUGCGAAAUCCAAUUUGUGAGAUCGAUGGGAUACUAUCUCAUUCAGAUAUACAUUCCAUCGGGAUUGAUUGUGAUCAUAUCGUGGGUAUCGUUCUGGCUCAACAGGAAUGCCACACCAGCUAGAGUAGCCCUUGGUGUAACCACUGUGUUGACCAUGACAACACUCAUGUCGUCUACCAAUGCAGCUCUGCCGAAAAUAUCCUACGUUAAAUCUAUUGACGUUUAUUUAGGAACGUGUUUCGUCAUGGUUUUCGCUAGUUUAUUGGAAUAUGCCACGGUUGGCUACAUGGCGAAGCGAAUUCAAAUGCGCAAACAACGAUUUAUGGCAAUCCAGAAGAUUGCUGAGCAGAAGAAGCUGCAAGUGGACGGCGGCCAGCCGCCGCCUGGCAGUGGGGCAGGCGGCGGCGGCGGCGGAGGAGGUGGUGAUCAUGGACAUGGACAUGGCCAUGGGCAUAGCCAUGGUCACAUCCAUGCGCCAAAACAAACAGUGAGUAGCCGCCCAGCUGGUUUUUCAAGCGUGCAACCAAACGUUGGAUCGCGCGGUUGCUCGAUAGUGGGACCCUUGUUCCAGGAGGUGCGCUUCAAAGUCAACGAUCCCAAGGCUCACUCGAAGGGUGGCACCCUCGAGAACACAAUCAACGGAGGACGGGGCGGAGCUGCUGGACCCGGUGGCGGAGACCGUGGCGGUGGCGGCGGCGGCGGCGGUAGCGGUAGCGGACCCGAUGAGGAGGCCGGCGGGCCAUCACCUCCUCACCUCAUUCACCCGGGAAAGGUAGGGCUCGGGCCUAGGCUUAAGGAUAUUAAUAAGCUUCUAGGAAUUACACCGUCAGAUAUUGACAAAUACUCUCGAAUAGUCUUUCCCGUGUGUUUUGUGUGCUUCAAUCUUAUGUACUGGAUAAUUUAUCUGCAUGUCAGCGAUGUAGUGGCCGAUGACUUGGUGCUCCUGGGUGAAGAUAAAUAGAUAAGUAGCGAAAGAAGUAAAAAAAAAAGCUCCACCCGCAUAAAACUGAAGCUCUCAUCUUAACACACACAUAAGAUUAAACAUAAAGAAAAACUAAAUCAAGCAAAAAUCACAUUUUUUAUAAAAAAAACAAUCCAUUAAUGUGUCAUCCCGAUGUGCUUUUCUGUUAAGACUAAUCGAAAAAAAAACUUAAACUAGAAAAAUACAAAAAAAGGAAAAUGAGAAGAAAAACAUUUAUCAAGUGCUCUGCUCUAAAUAGUUAAUUCUUUUUUGAAGAGAAAGUUAAAAAAAAAAAAUGAAGCGAAGAAAAGGAGAUAAUUUUACUUUGUGUGGUGUAAGAAUUUGCUUCCAACUAAGAUGCCAAAGAUAUUAAAGAUUUUCUUAAACUACCAAAAAAAAAAUGAGAACAAAAUGUGGAUUUGUGUUCAUGAGAGAUAAUGCGCUCCUUAAUUGUAAAAUUCUCUGUAAUGUGACAUUUUCUUAGGUCAUUUUUUUUAUUGAUGAAAAAAAAAUCCAUUUGUAAUAAUUUUAAGUGAAACUAAAUAAUCCUGCACAAAAAAAAAACAUUUAAGAGAAAAUUCCCGAAUAUUGCAGCACCAUUUACUUGCAGAAAUCACUGUGGAUAGAACAAAAUCGUGUAUAGGAUUUUUUCAUAAAGAGAAAUCUACUAGUAAAUAUUUCUCAAAAUAAAAAUCUCCAUUACGCAUCGGGAUGUGAAAUUGCCAAUCUCCCUCAAGGAGGACCCUUUAAUCGAGCAAGGUACUUGGACGAUAUGCCAUCCCAUUGUUUUGUUUUCGAGCACCAAGGACUAAAAACAAUGGCUGCCAUCUCGUUUGAACAUCUUGCAAUUAUAGAGCACUUAAGGAAAAAAAUAAAUAAAUAUAAUGCAUUGAGAGUGGUCCAAAAAAAAAGCAUCAUCGAACGCUCCCAUCAAGUUGCUAAAACACCAUUCUAAGUUGUUAAGUUAAAACAAAAUAUUAAAAAAAUAAAAUAAAACACCACACAUUUUCUUUUUAAGCGCUAAACUUUGUAAAAGAACUUCACAGAUACAAGAAAAAAUAAAUAAAACAAAUGAGAUUCGGAUCGAUUAAUGUUAAAUGAGAACAGCACGAAAAGAUUGAUUUUUCUCAUCGAGUUAUUUUGUGAUUGAAUAUCCAGAAACGCUUUACCCCGAGCUGUCGCAAGGUUAUGUUUUGUGUACCCACAACAGUGUGACGUCACGCCAGGACAUAACCUCGUGACACCUUGGCCUUAAUCCAGAAGAAGAUACAUUUUAAGCAAACAAAAAAACAAACAAAAAACACGGAAUCAAAAGAAUAAAUCAGAAACAAAUGAGUAAAAAAAAAUGCGGAGAACUCGGAGAUUCAGUGGAGAUUAUGACAAAAACAUGGUGAUAUUUGACUAAGAGAAAAAUGUCUUUAAAAUGUUAAAUGUGAAGAGAUUGAAUGUUUGAAAAGAAUGGAGGAACGUCCGAUCCCAUUGCACCUCAUCCCCAUAAUAUUAACACACUUAGUCAUAGAUUCCCCUCUAUCAUCAAUCAAAACAUUUCUUUAUUUAGGAAUUAAAUAAAAAAAAAUAAACAUUUUUCGCAUGCCUUUGACUGCAUCCUCCUUCCGGUUUGCUCAAUUUAACGCAAUCAUUCUUACUAAUGGACUUCUUUUGCAAUGUUUUUUCUAGGUACUCUUUCUAAAAACUCGCGACGGUUUUGCGAUUGGAAAGAGGUUAUAAAUUUUACCAUGACAAAUAAAGCGUGGGAAUAUUUCAGUGAAAUUUACGUGAAUUUUAUCUUACGUCAAACUGACAAGGGUUUCAAAUCUAGGACCUUCCAGUAAAUUAUUGGGAAUUAGGAAUAUUGCAAUCACUGAUGCUAAAAUACAUUCAAAUAACAUUCUGAAUUAUUUAAUGUGGCUAAUAAUUUGAAUAUUAUAAGGUUAUGUCAAGAACGUUUAAACAGGUAAAACGACAUCUGUUGCAAAUGCUUUUACGUUUACUUGAUUUAUACGGAUUCAUUAAUAAAAUAAGAUUUUUCGGUUUUCUGAUGCAAAACGCAAAAAAUGAUCAUAAAUUUUGAGGUUAUGUUUACUCCGUUGAGGUUAUAUUUAAUAUUUUGUCGAUCAUAGAGCUGCUGGAUAAACCUAAAAUGAUCCAGACAAUUUUUAUGAUUAGAAUAAUCCUUCAAAAAUGACUAAACCCAACGUAUCUAACCUUUUAUUUACAACAUUAGAAAUCUGUGAGGUUAUCAUCAAUACAUUUUAUUGAUUUUUGAACUACUUAACUAGGUUAUGUUGCAAUCGUUACCAAAAAUUUAUACUAUUAACAAAUCAGAAAUAUAAAUUAACUUUCAAUUAGCCAAAAAGUUUUAAGGCAAUGCACAGUUCCCUCAUUGAAAACGUUUCUCUGAAUAAAAACGAUGGUUAAAUAUUUUGAGGUUAUGAUGAGCAGAUUACUGACUUUGCAGUAACACGCUUCUAUUUUUUUUAUAAUAAGCACUUUGGUUUCAAACUAGCCAGAAUCGAUUAAAUGAUCCCCAAAGUUUUUGAGGUUAUGUUGAGAACAUUUUCACGACUUCAGCGAUUUCUGGCCACAAAAAUGUUGUGCUCCCGAAACUUCUUUUGUUGUAACAUUAUAAUUUGUUUCGGUCUUAUAACAGAUUUAAGGUUAUAUUCGGGUUUUAAAACGAUUUUAGGUUGUGUUUAGAAUAAGUACAGCAACUACGCCAUUUUCUGGUAAAAAAAUCUGGAAGAAUCAGAUGUAAUUCAAGUAAAAUUAUGUGGAAUAUUCUUAUAAUCUUUCGAGAAUUUUCUUUGGUCUCAAAAUAGAUCGUUAUCAAAAUCGAUAUAUCUAAGACCUAUGAUAUUACAAAUAAUAGAUUUUUAAUACCGUUAUGGCAAAAAAACAUUAAGUAGUUAAGGGAAUUAAUUCAAUAUAAUGCAGAUUUUGAGGUUAUGUUAAAAUCGUUCAAGCGAUUCGAUCGAUCCCGUGGUCAGCUCUUUAUAUUUCCCGGAUUUAGAUGAUAAACUUAAAGUUUGAUUUUUUACAGAAUUGAAAAAUAAAAUAUUUCGUCUUUAGGAAUAAAGUAUCGGUCCUUGAAGUUUAUGUAGGAAAAUGUGCAAGGAUCUUGAAGGACCGAUAUUGUAUUCCGGAGGCCAAAAUAUUACAUUUUUCGAUUUUGUAAAGAAUCAAACUUAAAAUAUAUCAACUAAGUGCAGCAAAUAUAAAGAACUAUGCAGGAAAGCGAUAGAACCCCUCGAACAGUUUUAACAUAACCUCAAAAUCUGCAUUAUAUUGGAUUAAUUCCCUGAACUACUUAAUAUUUAUUAACAAAUUAGGAUUAUAGUUCAAGAUUAGAUUAUUCGCCACAACGGUAUGAACAUCAUCUUAAAGGUCUCUGAUUACUCCUGCAAUUACUUCUUUCCUUAUCCACUUUAACCUAAAUUAUUCAAAAGACAGAAUAUUUGAGGUUAUGUAGAUGGUGUUAUGGCGAAUAAUCUGACGUUGAACAAUAAUUCUAAUUUGUUAAUAAAUGUGAAAUAGUUAAAAGAAUUAUUCCAACGUGAAACGGAUUUGAAGGUUAUGUCAAAAACGUUUGAAUCGUUCUAUAGAUUCCCUGGUCAUGACUAAAGAAUUUUAAAAGUUUAGUGAAAAAUUCUAAGUUUGAUAGUGAUAAUUAAAAUUACUCUUACCCACUUUAACCUCAAUUUUUUAAAAGGAAGAGCAUUUGAGGUUAUGUGCAAAUAAUUUUAGCGAUUUUAACGCCUUCAGUGCUAAGUAGGAGCAGAAUGAUCAUGUAGUUUGACAUCAGUGGUUGCAGUAACGUAACAAAGUAGUAUUUCUGACUGCAUUGACUAAAAUUACUUUAAGCAUUUAUUAACUCAUAUUGUGUUGAAAUUUUUUUGGAAAUACUUCAUUAAAUAUCCAGCACAAAAAAAAAAUAUUGAGGCAAUUUUCUGCUCGAAUUAGGCACAAAACUUUGUUAAUUUCUUUAAGUGUCGUGCAUUCAUUUCGCGGUGGAUUUCCUUUAGACAAAAAAUAAGGUAAACCUUUAGAACGAGAAGAAUGGGGUGAGCGAAUAAUUGAAACGUGGGGACGAAAUAAUUUUUAGUAACAUUAGUAUUAUAUUAAAAGGCAGGGUAUCAUUGGAAAAAAUAGGUAAAUCCAAAAGAAAACCAUGGUAAAUUAUUCUGCAUGUUUGCAUUCAAAUUCUUAAAUAGUGAUUCCACGAACGAGCACUUGAAGUUUUUCACAUCAUCGCGGUGUCACAUAUAAGAUUAAUAUUAAUAUUAAGAAAAGCCGGAGAGAGAGGUAUAUAGUGUUCAAAAUUCAAAUGGAAUAUCACGUGUGUUAGAAAGAGUACCCUCUAGUGGAGUAAUACGAUGAGUAAGAUAUUACUGUUCGUAUUAAUUGCUUUCUGAAUCGUAUUACAGGCAAUUCGAGCAAUUUUCCAUGCGUGCCAACUGUGAUUCGGUCGGUUUUCGAGCGAAACGCGAGAGAGAGGCAUGAUAAAACACUUGCUAUCUUUUUUUGGCAUUCUCGCAGUUCAGAAAGUAUUAAUCUUAAUAUUAAUCUUAUAUGUGACAUGGCCAUCAGAAAGCGACACGAAAGAUUAAUAUUGAAAGGGGUUUAAAUAGAGAAAAUUCUAAUCUAGAUCAAAAAAAAAGGAAAGGUUACAGGGGAGAAGAUCAGCCAAUUCAAAGGUGUAUCCAGGAGGGUGAUAACGGAGUUAGUGCUAGCAGUAGGACAAUUACAAUUGAUAUAAAAUGCACCCUGAAACACACAUUACACACCAGUUUAUGUAAAGUCAAGUUACAUUGCAAAAAAAUGUAUAUUACAUAGCGAUUAUUAUUAGUAAAUUUACUACACACGAAAUCACACGGAUGUGAACAAAAAAAGUAACUCUAAAAAAAAACUAUACAAUGCUAAAGAAUAUUAAAUAUUAUAUAUUGAGUAAAAGAAAGUGAAGACACCUAUUAUAUAAUCGUAUAUAUAAAUAUAUACAUUUAUGUAAAAAAAACAGUGACAAGAAUUGAACGGAAUUCCAAGUAGAUAAACAGACAAUUUUCAAAAGAAAAUUAAGAAAAACUACUCACAAUUGAUUUUAAGCGCAGAAACUACCAUCCAAUUCUUUUCUUUCCUACUUAAAGAUAAAUCUCAUUUCACGAGGAAAAUUCCCAUAAAAAAAGGAUGAAAAAACGUUAAUAAACAAGAAAAUUGCACUCACUAAUUCAUUCGUAGAAAAUAAAGACAGAAAAUUCACGCGACAGAAUCCCAAAUCCUAUAUUAGAAUAAUGUCAGAAAAAACCCAAAAAAAAUCUCAUUAACUCACCAAGAAAUGUGUAAAUUUUAUAUUAGAGGUAUACUGAGGGCAAAAGUGAGUUUAAAAAAAAAUAAACCCAGAGACACGAGGAGGAAAUACCAUUUUAUCAAGUCCUUUGAAUCAAUGUGCAAGUUAGGAAAAAAAAAUUAUUAAUUAAUGAUGAGGAAAAUAUGACAGAAAAAAAAAGAUAUAUUUAAAAGUUUAAGCAAUAUCUUUUCAUACAUAAAAAAAAUGGAAGUGAAGAAUAAGUAAACUAAUAAAAAUUAUGAGUGAAAUAAUAAACAAGUAAUAUUAAAAGGUAUUUAAAAGUUAUUAUAAAAAAAGGUAAAAAUGAGAAAAUUAAUGAGAAAGUGAAAAAAAAAUUAAUAAGGCACGUUGAUUCUGAAGCCACUUUAUAUAAAGAAAAAAAAACGUAUUGGAUGUAAACGUGUAAGGAAUUCCUAAGGUGCUGACCUUUGACCGAUUUCCCAUUACAAAAUAUUAUAGAAUGAAAAAAAAAACACUGCGCGAAAAUCCCCCUCGAAACGAUAAACUCACUCGGGACAGAAUCCCACAAUCGACUUUUCUCAUUUUUACUAAUUUUCAACACGCGAUCGCACGAAUUGAACCCGAAAUCAGCCGAAUGGACAGCACCCCAGGUGAUUCCUGUUUAUGUCUGCUACAAACGAAAUUCUAAAUUUAAAUAUAAUAUUAACAUAAUUAUAUGUAGAUAUUACACACAUGAAAUACUUAAUAUAUUGAUUUACUAAUUUGUAAGGUGAAGAGAAAAUGAUUUUAAAAAAAAGCAACAAAUACUACCAAUUGCAAAACGUCAAGGUUAUGUUAUCAACAACCACACCAACUAAAACAUUUUCCCUCCCUAUGAAUCCUCAAAUAAAAAAAAUGAAUGAGCUACUUGAAGUGAAUUGUGACGUUAAGUGAGUCAAACUCCAUUAUUUCUCAUAAAAAUAUCCUUAUUUCUAAAUAUCCAAACUGUCCAUCAAAAACUCAUGGAAUGUGGUGUCAGCUGUUAAAAUAAGAACCACAGAGACAGGUGUCAAAUUGCUAGCUGUGACGACAGCUGUCAAAAUGGUAAAGAAAUUAAACAGCUGUUCAACUGCUAAACGUGCUGUCGACUGUCAAAAUUCUAGUCACUUUAACGGCUAUAAAAUAUCCAUCUGGAUUUAAAAGCUGUUAAUCUUGUUAAUUUGAGAGAUUUCGCAAAGAAAUGUGAAACAAGUGGCAGCUCUAAAACUGUCAUUGUUAUGACAGCUGUCAAAGUGUUAAAUAAAGAGACAGCCAUUCGUUUGCUAGUCGUGCUGCCGACUGUAAAUCUUUUACUCACUUUAAUAGCUGCCAAAUAUCCAUCUGAAUUUGUCAAUCUUUCUGUCAAAAUGACGAUUACAAAAAUAUUAGUCAACCUGGAAGUUGUCAAACUAGUAGACUUGUUAGCGACUCUUAAUUCGUUAGUUGGAUUGAAAUUUGUCAAACUGUUAGAAAAUUCGUAAAUUACUAAACUACUUGCUUAAUGCAAGGUCACGAAGCAGCUAUAAAACCUGAUAAAUUUCAAACAGAUAACUACUAGAAAAACUAACAGCUGUUGAACAAGGAUAUCAAUUGACAGCUCUAUCACUACUAGAAAAACUUACAGCUGUUCAACAAGUAAAUCAGUUCAAAACCGUUUAAUUAUUAGUAAAAACAGUCAGUUGUUUGAUUGAAUUGAAAGCCGCUUAACUACUAGAAACACUGACAGUUGUUUAACACCAAUUGUGAACAGUAUAACUACUAGAAAAACUGACAGUUGUUGGAGAAGUAAAUCAAUUGGCAGCCAUUUCACUACUAGAAAAAUCUGACAGUUGUUUAACAUCAAGUAAAUCAAUUCAAAAAAACUAAAGACCUAAAAAACUGAAAGAUGUCGAGCAAGUAAAUCAAUUGGUAUCCAUUUAAUUUCUAAAAAAAAUCCAACAGAUGUUCAACGAGUAAAUCAAGUUCAAUGCCGUUGAACUUGUAGAAAAACUGGCAGCUGUUGAACAACUAAAUCAAUUGACAGCUAUUUGACUAUUUUAAAAACUGCCAUCUUUUGAACAAAUAUAUCAAUAGACAGCCGCUUAACUACUAGAAAAAACUGACAGCUGUCGAACAAGCAAAUCAAUUGACAACCAUUUUAUUACAAGGAAAAUCUUACAACUGUCUAUUAGGUAACUCAAUUGACAGCAGUUGUACAACUAGAAAAAAGCUGACAGACGUUAAGCAGCUAGAAAAAUUUGACAGCUGUCAAAAGAGUAAGCCAGAUGAAAAUUAUCGCAAAAAAAUGGAAAACAAAGAGAAAAAGCGAAAACAAGAAAAAAAUACCUAAAUGUGUUCUUUUAGUUGAUUUUGUAUAAAACUUUUUAAAGAGUGCGAUAUAGGAAGCUGAAGAGAAUACACUCACAAAAAAAACAGUAUAAAUUUGUAUAUAUUAGUAAAAGGAAAACUCUCAACUAAUUUCACCCCUCCAAAAAAAAAAUGAGAAAAAAUUGUAUGAAGGCAAAACAACCUUUUGCUUUGAUUUUUUCGUUGAACUGUUCGAGAAAGUCAAUUUUAAUGUACUUUUAAUAUAAAGGAUAAAGAAAAAAUAAUAUAAUAAAUGAAAUAUUGAAUUAUAUAGAUAAUUAAAGAAAAAAAAACAAGAAAAAGUGAAAUCUCUUAAUAAUUUGCACAAUUUUUCUAUAUAAUAAAUGACAAAGAAAAAAAAUUAGGCACAUUAUUGUUUUCUGUAUAUCAUAUUAAACGACUUAAAGUGAAGAAGAAGAAAAACCUUAACAAUGUACUAAAUACACCCGUAAAGAGAAUGAAAAUAAUAAGUUACUAUUCUAAAAUAGAGAAUAUUGCAUAAAUAAAUUGAAAGUGAAUAAGGGGGAUAAAGACGUGUCAUUUCCUACAAUAUUUAAAUAAAAAAAAACUUACCAAAAAACCGAUAAGAUCCUUAUAGAAGGAUUUAUACUUUGAAAAUUAUUUUCAUUUCUCUUCAUAAUAAUUCAUGUGAGGUAUUUUUGAUUGUUUUACAUGAUAGACUAAAUAGUUAAAAAAAAGAAGAGAAGUUUUUUAUAUACAAAAAGACACACACAUCAGAUAAUGCAUUAAUUUUGAUGAGCGAAGAAAAUUUGAAAAAAAAACAUAUUGGUAAAAAAGUUUAUAAAUUAAUCCAUAUUAACUAUGACUUAGAUUUGUUAACGUAUAUUUUUUGUAUCGAGAAAAGAAGAAAUUAUAUUGGUUUAGAAGGUUCAUUGAGUGAAAUAAAACUGAUAAAAAAAUCAUUAAGAUGAAAAAAUAAAAUAGUAAAAAAAAACAAAAAGCCGAUGGAAUGGAGAAAAAACUAGCUACUCUAGAAUAAACAACACAUAUUAAAAGAUGAAUAUAUUCUAAAGAUAUAAAAAAUAGAAAAAAGCAUUUAUGGUUACCAAGAAAACAAAUACGGUAGUUAUAUUUUCAGAGGAUGAAGCAAAAGAAUACUGGAGAAAAAAAUGGUGAAAUAUACAAAUUGAUAAUUUUAAAUUGCACACACACAAUUUCUAAAAGUAAAAAAAACUCGUGUACUCGAUAAAACAAAAGAAAAUCAACUAAAAACCAUUAACAAACCUCUUUCAGUUUGAAAAUCUCUUCAAAGCCAUCCUUAUUGUAAAACAUUUAUUCACACAAAAGUAAAAAAAAAAGCAUUCCAGCGUCUGUGAAUGAAAAAUAUACAAAAAAAACCAUAGAAAGAAAUUGAAUUAUUUGUUAAUCUCUAUUCGACGUUAGAACACAAAGUGGAAAAGAAGAGAAAAAUUAUAUGUAAAACUAUAUUGAGAGAAAGUAAAGGAAAAAAAACAAUUAUUUCAUAUUUAAACUCUAUUUAAACAAUGACACAUGAUAUUAUUGUACUUAUCUGAUUAUAAAUUAUGAUUAUUGUUACUGUUGACAAGAAGAAAAAAAAUACAAUUUAUGUUUAUGAAGAAAAAGAACUAUGAUAUAAAAAAAAUAUAGAAAAAUUUUAAAUGGAAAUGAUAAUUUUUCUAUUUGAAGUGACAAAAAAAUGGAACUUUAAAUGAAGAGAUGAAAAGAUAAAAUCAGAUGAAAAAAACUAAUGAGAGAGAAUAUUGGAAAAAUAUACGAGACAUAGCGCAAAGUAAAACCAAAAUAAUUUUGUUAUACAAAUAAAGAAGAGAAAAAAUACAAAUAUACCCA